UCUCCCUGUCAAUUUGAGGGCAAGCCGCGCUCGCCGGCGCAUCGGCAGAAAAGAUGAUACUACUGCCACGCGCUCAGCAGCUCAGCUUCUGAAGUCCGACAGACGUCCGGCGGAUAAUAAACGCUCAGUGGCUCCGUUUCGGAGGUGGCAUCAGUUGAAUGUUUAUUGAAAUCUUGGAGGAGGAAAGAGCAUUGUUUACAUCAAUAGGCGCAGGUACCAUGCAGGUUAACGAUGGCCCCCACCACGCCCCCCCCAUAUUCGUGCCCCCGUCCAACGGGACCAGCCACCGCUCCGCGGGGUGCGUCCCGGGCCGGAUCGCCCCCGUCCGCUCGCCGCCCCCUCCCCGGAUCCCGCCCCCGCCCCCGCUGAAGCCCUCGUCCCCCCCCGAGCGGCAGGCCGCUUUCAGCUUCGCGGAGGAGCCCCUGGACCUCCGCGGGCGGGGCCGGGCGAGGAGGAGGAACACGCUGAUCUGCUUCGGCGUCUCCCUGGGCGCCCUGUUCCUCACGCUCAUCCUGGUGCUCAGCCUGACCUCCUCCGACGUCCUGGACGAAAACUGCCCCGAUCACAACCUCUCCCUCCGGAAGUGGAACCCGGGGCAGGACCCAACAAGGGCGGUGGUCCUCCGGAAGGGGGAUCAGUUCCGGCUCGACUCCUCUGCCACCUUGCAGUCCAUUACCAUCCAGAAAGGAGGUCUGCUUGUUUUUGCCGACGACUCUAAAGGUUCCAAAAACAUCACCCUGAGGACCCGGCACAUCCUGAUCGAGGACGGGGGCGCCCUGCACAUCGGGGCUCCCAAAUGCCGCUACCGGUCCCGCGCCACCAUCGCCCUGCUGGGCCGCUCGGACGACCGGGACUUCCCCGAGGUGCCCGGGCUGGGCAGGAAGUUCAUCGGCGUGCGGGCGGGCGGGACCCUGGAGCUCCACGGGACGCCCAAGCUGUCCUGGACCCUCCUGACCCGCACGGUGCCCGCGUCCGGGCUGGCCACGGGCGGGUACGCCUUCCAGCGCAACUUCAGCCGCGGGAUCAACCUGCGGGUGGUGGACCAGGACACGGGCGCCGUCCUCUUCGCCGAGCGCUUCGACACGCACGACUCGCACAACGACAGCCGCCAGCUCCACGAGCUGCUCCGCGGGCUGCCCGCCGGCCGCGUCGUCGCCAUGGCGGUGGGCGACUCGGCCGCCAAGAGCCUGCUGGACGAGACCAAGAGGACCGUCCAGACCCUGCUGGGGAGCACUUUUGUCAACGACCUCAAAUACAGACAGGCGUGGGCGCUGGUCUCCGUGAUCGGCGGGGGCAACGGUUCCUGCUCGGAGGACGUGCGGGAGCACGAGAACCACGACACGGGCGGCCGGGCGCUGGCGCGCCGCGACUUCGUCACCGUGGACGGCGUCCGCUUCUCCGUCACCGCCUACAGCGAGUGGCGAAACGGGUUCCCCAUAACCGGGUUCCAGGUGGACGCCGUGGACCAGGUGGUUCUGAACCUGCAGCACGACGCCCGGAGCUGGAGGGCCGGGGACCGGAUCGUCGUGGCCAGCACCGACUACUCCAUGUAUCAGGCCGAGGAGUUCACCCUCCUGCCCUGUCCCGACUGCUCCAAGCACCAAGUCAGGAUACAAGGGAAGCCCCAGUUCGCCCACGUGGGGGAGAUCCUGGACGGGAUUGAUAUGAGAGCAGAAGUAGCCGUCCUGUCCCGUAACAUCCUUAUCCACGGAGAGAUGGAAAACUCCUGCUACGGGAAUAACUGGUGCCAGUUCUUCAGCUACGACUCCUUCGGGGGACAUAUAAAGAUUUUUGAGAACUUCACCUCUGUGCACCUGUCCCAUGUGGAGUUGAAGCACAUGGGCCAGCAGGUGAGGGGCAGGUACCCCGUGAAUUUCCACCUGUGCGGGGACGUGGACGAGAGGGGCGGGUACAGCUCCCCCACCUACGUGGACUCCCUGUCCAUCCACCACUCCUUCUCCCGCUGCGUCACCGUCCACGCCACCAACGGCCUGCUGAUAAGGGACACCGUUGGCUAUGACACACUGGGACACUGUUUUUUCCUGGAGGACGGCAUAGAGCAGAGGAACACUUUCUUCCACAAUCUGGGGCUGGUGACCAAGCCGGGAACCAUCCUACCAACCGACCGCAACGAGACCAUGUGCACCACCAUCAGAGACAAGGUGUUUGGAAGCUACGUGCCCGUACCGGCGACGGAGUGCAAGGCCGUGUCUACAUUCUGGAUUGCAAACCCCAACAACAACUUGAUCAGCAAUGCGGCUGCAGGCUCCCAGGAUGCGGGGAUCUGGUACGUGUUCCACAGCGCCUCCACCGGCGACUCCCACGGAAGGGUCAACGAAACCAAGUCGGAACUCACCCCCCUGGGGAUAUUCUACAACAACCGCGUGCAUUCCAACUUCAAGGCCGGCCUCUUCAUCGACAAAGGUGUGAAGACCACCAAAGCCAGUGCCACCGACCCCCAAGAAUACCUGUGCCUGGACAACAACGCCAGAUUCCGCCCCCACGAGGAUGCGGACCAGAACAAGCCACGCGUGGCAGCCAUCAUAGACACGCUCAUCUCCUUCAAGAACAAUGACCUCGGAGCCUGGAUCCGAGGCGGUGACAUCAUCAUUCAGAACUCCGGAUUUGCAGACAACGGGGUGGGACUUUCGUUCGCCAGCGAUGGAAGCUACCCAAAGGACGAGGGGUCGAGCCAGGAGGUGACCGAGUCCCUGUUCGUCGGGGAGAGUAAGAACCGCGGCACCAACGGCGGGCAGAACAAGUACUGGGGCGCGGGCGGAGUGGACGGCGGGCUGAGGACUCUGCCCCGGAACAGGACCUUCCCCAUUCGUGGUUUCCAGAUCAACGACGGGCCCGUCCGCCUCACCCGGAGCACCUUCCGGAACUACGUCCCCAUGGUGGACCGCUUCACCAGCGCCGUGGGCUUCAACCUGAAAAACACCUGGCAGCUCACGCCCAGGAACAACCUGUCCUCCCUCAGCUUUGAGCCCAGUGUGACUCUGAGGGCCUUCUUCGGGAGGCCGGGCCAGUGGUUCGAGGAGAACGAGCUGGACGGGGACAAGAACUCGAUAUUCCACGACGCGGACGGAUCUGUGACGGGAUUCCGCGACUCGUACGCUGCCAGAAUGGACAACUUCCUGGUCCGACACCCCAAGUGUGUCAACUUCACUGAGUGGAACGGGCAGGUGUGCAGCGGCAAGUACUCUCAGGUGUAUAUCCGGACACUGGGCGCCUCCAGCCUCAAUCUGUCCAUCAGCAGGGAUGAGUACCCAGAGAAUCCCAUGGUCCUGAGGGGGAUCAGCAGCCAGGGGGCGCCGUCUCAGCAGUACCAGCCCAUCCUGAUGAUCGGGAAGAGCUACACCCUCCACUGGAGCGGGAGGGCCCCCCGGGAGAUCGUCCUGUCUCUCAUCAACUUUAACCAGGGUGACUGGGUCCUGGCAGGCCUCUGCUACCCUCAGGACACCACCUUUCAGGUCAUGGCGGACACCAACGACCGCCAGAACAACGUCUUCGACAACCUGGAGGACUACGGUCCCGUGAGCUCGCUGUCCGAACUCGAGCGGAGGCCCCUGGACAGGAAGUACUUCUUCGACAGACCCGCGGGGCUCCUGUGGCUGUACCUGAGGGCGCGGUACGGGCGGGACGGGCAGAGCUACUGCUCGGUGAAGGGGUGCGAGAGGGUCAAGAUCACCGCCAUGAGCCACAGCAGCCAGGCCAGCAACUGCAUGGCCAAAGCCUACCCGAAAUACAGCAAGACCCCCACAGCCAUCGUCCCCAUGCCCAAGCGCAUCGUCCCCUGCAGUGACUGCGGUGCCCUAAAGCUGCCGGUCACCAGCGACCCAGAGAACGUCUACCUCCAAGCGCAGAUCAAGUCGCUCAGCCAGGACGAGGAAAGGAAAGGGGACGCCGAGUCCUUCAUCACUGUGAACGGUCAGAAGCACCCGUUCACCGAGCGGGGCUUCUUCCUGGUGACCGUGGACGGCUGCACUGGCACGGUCACAAAGGAGACGCUGUUCCCCGCGCUGGAUUCCAAAAUGGAACAGUAUUUAAAAACUGGCAUUCCGAGGAGGUCCAUAGUUCUUCUCGCCACACGGGGCCAACUCGGCGACCACGCCCGACUCGGACAACUCCUCGUCCCUCUAGGGGCUGCCAAAGCUGCCGAUCUUCAGAAGAAAGAGAGCUUGGCUUUUUUCGGGUUCCAGGGGGCUCCUGUUGCGCCUCCCUGGACGGGACUGUUCAUGGGCCAGGGAACGGAGAGUCUGGGGGUGCUGGAGAAGUUCGUUGCCGUGGGAACGGAGGAGUAUUCCUGUGAGGGUGCCAAUCUGAUCAAACCAACGAGGAAAGACCUGGAACUGCUAAAGGAAGCUUUAAACAGCGACUAAACUCUUUUCUCCUUUAUUACUGAUAGUUUUUUUUAUUUUAUUUUUUUUUUGGUUUGGUUUGGUUUGGUUUUUGAGGUUUUUUUUUCCAAAUGUGAAAACAGAACUAAUGUGAACUUCAUGAACUUUAUUUAUUUAUGGCAGAGAUUUUCAAAGGGUAUAAUUUUUUUUUUCAAGUUUUUUUCUCUUUUUUUUUAUUCAUCGCCAAAACCUUGAGUUUGGGUUGCCAUGUGUGAUGCACUUUCUUCCAUCCAGUCUUUGGUCGUUGGCGAAAACCGUCGUCUCCAGAUCUGAUGCAAGGGAAAUGAAAUCUCUCAAAGGAAAAUGGAAAAGUUUUUUUUCGAAGACAGGUUCCUUUGUACUUCCUCUGUCCGGUGUGAAAGGAUCCAAUCUGCCUUAGAUGGCUAGAAUUCCUCACUCAGUGCAGUGCAUUAAACCGUGUAAAAAAGCGUCCGUUGAAAGAAGAAUGUGUUAUGACCUACUCCUUCAUGUUUUCAUUUUUUUUGCAAUUUUUGCACGUUUAUGGUUAUUCGCAGAUCUAAUGGGAGCGCUCUGGAUGUUAUAAAAGUCAUUUUCAGUCUAAGUGUUGGCAGUCAGUUCCAGUGAGCACAGAGUAUUUGUAGCACCAUAGAUCUUUUUAUCAAGAGUUCUAAAGUUGCGUGUAAAACUUUAUAAAAUACAUAUUUAUGCUGUCAGUGUAAACAUGGGAAAUGUUGCAGAUUAGAUGUGUGAAUGGUGCCUUGUUGUGUUCCAUUAUGUUUUAUUCAUAGCCACUGAAACUGAGUUUACAACUUGAUAUUCCUGCUCACGUCAUUAAGGAACAUAUUCUUUGUCAUCUUUUUUAAUGCAAGGGAUUGUGGAUCGAUACCAAAGCCUAUUGUAUUUUUUCAGAAAACAUUUCAUGAGGAAAAUGUCACUGUAAAAAAAAUAAAUUAAAAAACGUUGAAAUGUAUUUAAAUAUGGACUUGAAACCUGGCCUGACUGUCUAUGGGACUGGAGCAAGGAUUCCUACUGAAGAGUGAUUGGUCAUCCUCAGGAUGAUGUCACAAUCAAUCGACCUCUUGAAGUUUGUUAUGGCAACCGUCCCACCAGCUGCUAUUGUCCAUGUGGUGUUAUGACAGACUUCCGUGAAAUACCUUUCAACCAGGAGCCCGCAAUCCAUUUCAGCAGAACUCAUGAAUUUAAGUUGGCCUUAAAGAAUGCCAAAUCCGUUUUUUCUAUUUGAUCGGGAAAACUGUUCUUUGGAAGAAACCGCCUGCUUUUUAAACCACUGUACUGUAUAAAAUAUUUUUGUAAUAAUUUUUAUUUUUUCCAAAAAUGCUCCAAAAAAGACACAGAACCAAACUUGCAUUGUUCUUAUUUGAACAAUCUUUAAACUCAAAUUUGUUAAUUGUGAACAUAGCUGUAGACAAAAAAAGGAUGUACCAGACUCUGAUUAAUGUUGAAUAUUGUAGUGGUGGAGUAGAGUACUUUUCUUCUUUGAAUGUUAUAUAUUUUAAGGUGCCAGAACAAUAUGUUUUUAUCAAGGCUUUAUUUUGAAAUUCUGCAUCUUCAAAUGCUUUUUUAAAUUGCAAAGUUGAUAAACAUUUAUACAUUGUAAUAACAAAAAUGUGUAUUUGUUUUUUGUACUACUUUUGAGUUCUGUGUUCUGUUAGUGAAUUCACUUGGGAUAGUUACAUUUGCUAUAUAUAAAAAUAAGUUCUGCUUCAGAUCUAGGUAUGAAUGGUGUGAAACUGCAGACAACUGGAGAACAAAGCAAGGACCUUGAGCUGAUUUUAGUUAUAAACAUAUCAUUCCAAGUAUUACCACAAGAUGGCGAUGUGGGACCAUCAGUUUGUGUGUGCGCGUAUGCGCGUACGUGUGUUGCUGGAGACCAGUCCAGCAUUGCUGCAGUAUUUCACAGAAUAAAGUUAUUGUGUUAAUACCAGCAUUAACACACACACAUUCA